AUGUCUAGUCGUUUUUUUCAGAAAUACUUUCUGCGCUGCGGUCACUGCCAUUCUAUUCAGCGGCACGCAAAAGGCUACAAGCCCAUUCCCAAUCCUAUUCUUUUCGAUUCGGAUGCGCACUGCCGUAGUUAUCACCGUGAACAGCAGGAGUGUGCUAACAUGUCUGGUAUUUUAGUGACUUGUAGAUGCAAUAAGUGUGAACGUAUUCAUUCAUCUUGGAAGGUGAUGGACUUUCAAGAGUUUCUUGAUGCAAAACAUGCUAUGAGUGCAGAGGAGCGGAAGAAGUUUCUGUGGCCAAAAGUGGAAAAUAGUUCUAACACAAUUUCGUCAACAGCCAAAGAGGUCUUGUAG